GUAUACGCCUCAAAAAAGCCUGUUAACAGUGGUUUCCUCAUGGGAGAGUACUGGAAGUAGAGGGCUGAUGUUUAGCUGGUAUGUAGUCAUUGAAAUAUUAAAAUACUGCCAUACUGGUUAUAUAUACAGUUGAGCCUUGAACAACACCAGGGGAUAGGGGCGCUGACCCCCAUGCAGUCAAAAAUCCUGGUAUAACUUUUGAUUCCUCAAAAACAUUACUAACAGCCUACUGUUGACCAGAAGCUUUACCCAUAACAUACGGUCAAUUAAGAUAUAUUUUUAUCUUAUAUGUAUUAUAUACUGUAGUCUUACUUUAAUACCUAACUUUCUCUUAAUUUGUUUUGGUAUCCUAGGCUACAUGGUUCAGCUGCAAGUUUUUUCAAAUUGUCACAAAUCUCCAAAAGAUUUUCCAAUAUAUUUAUUGGAAAAAAUCAGCGUAUAAGUGGACCUGCACAGUUCAAACUGUUUUUAUUCAAGGAUCAACUAUAUACAUUUUCCAAGCCAUUCAAAUGUCCUUCUUGCCACCUUGGUUGCUCCAGCUCCUCCUCUGGUACCCCCAGACCUCCUCAUGAUUAGGCAACUAAAGGUUAAUGCCUGGCACGAGGGACCUCCUGAUCUAGCAGCUCCUGCCAUGUACCCCAACCCUCUCAUCUACUGUACCUGCUGGGACCCUUGGAACUUGGGACCACGGAAGCUAAUCAAGACCCCUCAGCCACCAAGAAAGACCUCCACAGGGAAGCCCAAGCUAACUCCUCUUCCUUCAGCUGCAAAAAAACAAAAUUGUGUCCAACCCACAGCAAAACCUGUUGUUGCCCCAAAAGUGAGAAAUACAAUUCCAACAAAAUUAGUACCCAGGAGCUGCACUCUGACCCUUGGAGCAGUUCAGAGAGGGAAACUCCAUUUAGGAAAACAAGAGGAGAGCAAUAAACCACCUUAUGAAGUGAUAAACGUGUCACCUGGUUAUCGCCUCAUUCGAAAUAGGGAGCAGAUUUCCGUCACCUUGGGAGAUGAAAUGUUUGAUAAGAAAAAGCGGUCGCAAUCAGAGAUCAUGGACAGAGUCCAGAUUUCCAGGACUGAUAUCAUUACUGACCUGCAAGAGCAGAUCUCAGAAUUGACAGUGAUCAUUGAGCAAAUGAACAGAGACCAUCAGUCUGCCCAGAAAUUGCUCUCCGAUGAAAUGGCUGUCCGCUGUGCUGAGAUGCAGCAGAACUUCGAAAACAAAAACAGAGAGCUCAAAGAGGCUCACGCAGCAGAGCUCAGUCAUUUGGAGAACAACUACAAAGCCACACUGAAGGCAGAGAAGCUGGCUGCCCAAGAAAAACUAGAUGAAAUGGGAAAGGAGUAUAAGUAUUUGAAGAAUAUGUUUCAUAUGUAUCAGGACAGCAUUUAUGAUGAAAUGGAAGAUAAGUGGUUGAAGAAGAAGGCAGAAUGGGAGAAGGAUGAGAAGUUGGAGCGGGAAAAGAUCCUGCUACAGCAAAAACAUAAUAUGACAAAAAGGUUUGAGUUAGAGUCAGAAGAAGAAAAGAAGAAAAUAAAUGACUCCUACAGUACCGUCUUUGAGAACUUCAAUCGAGAGAAGGAGGAGCUACUGAAACAACAUGAAAAGGACACCUUGCAAUUAGAGGAGCUGAGAAAGACCAAACAGGUCAUGGAGGAAGAGUUGAAUGCACAAUCUGUUAUCUUAGAAUCACUUAACACAACCCUCUACCAAACCCAGAUGGAACUCCAGAGAGAGAAAGCUACAGUGGGAAAUCUGGAGAAAACACUCCAGACCAAGCUUGCCGAGACUGAAGAAAAGUUUAAAUACACCAUACAGCUUCUGACAGAAGAGAACAUUCAUCUAAGGCAAAAAAUAAUUGUGAAGAAUGAAGAAAUUUAUAAGGAACGAUCUGGGAGGUUUCUCUCUAUGUAUGAGAAUGAUUCUGAUAAUUUAGAAGACGAUAACAAUGAAAAACAAGAACUAUGAGCAGAAAAGUUGUUCUCCAAUACAAAAGAUGUUAGGAACACCAUCUCCAUAGGCUUAGACAACUCCCGUGAGAGUUUCUUGAGAAAUGUAUAUUAUGAGUUUAGUUCUUGGGUUGCCUGGGUUCUACUUUUGCCUUUUCAAAAUUUCCUUUCUUCUAAGUGGUUGGGAAUGUUUGAAUUCUCAUCUCAGUUAUACAGGCUUUCAAGACUCUUCAUUGUAAAGUGAUGUUCCCUAUACCUGGAUCUAAACUUUCUCUGUGUAUUAUACUAUUUUCUCUUCCACAUUUACACAUUUCAUUAUGAAAACACUGAUCUGAAGAACUUGUUCCUAUUAAAUAUUGACUAUAUUUUGAAAUACACCUUUUGUCCCCCUGGGGCAUUUACCUAGCAAAAA